AUGAAGCAGGUCUUCGCAGCCACCGCCCUCCUCACCACCCUCGCCGCCGCCAGCCCGCAAUGGGGCAACCCCAACGGCAACAACAACAACAACAACGGCGGCAAUUGGGGUAACGGAGGCCCCUUCGCCGCCUUCCCCUCGUGCGUCUCGUCCUGCCGCGACCAGAACCAGGACUGGUCCAACGCCGACUCGGUCUGCGACAACAACGACGCCAUCAACAACCUCAACAACUGCGUCAACGGCUCGCAGUGCAGCGAUCAAGAGAAGAAUGAUGUCCGCCAAGCCAUCGCUCAGCUGUGCGCCAACGCCGGCGCCACCAUCACCGCCGCGCCCUUCGCCAGCUACAGCGUGACGAGCGGUAAGUGGGACAACACAAACAUACCCCAGCAGUGGAGCUCGUGGGCGAGUGCGAACAGCAUCUCCAACUGGCCGACUGCGACGUCGGAAUGGCAGUCGUGGGCGAGCGCAAACAACCUCCCCACCGCAACAGGCAAUUGGAAUGCAUGGGCAUCAUCACACAACGGCGGCUGGGGAGGAGCUGGGAGGCCAGGCCCAUGGGCAACAGGUGGAGACUGGUCCAGCGCGGCCGGCGAGUUCUCGUCGUGGACCGCCGCCAACACCAUCACCGCCCUGCCCACCGCCGCCUCGCAGUGGUCCACCUUCACCUCCGCAUACCCUCUCCCCUCGGGACUGUCUUCUUUCGGCGACUGGGCCAGUGCUAACGGCUUCCCAGGCGGCUCCGCGUGGCCUACCCAAUGGACCACCAACUCCGCCUGGGCUUCGGCCGUGAGCGCUUGGGGCGGCGACGCAAACGGUGGACCCGGUGGCCCCGGUGGACCCAUCGGCUGGCAUGGCGGUGCAGGUCCUUUCGGUGGUGGUGGUCCUGGUGGAAACGGCUGGGGUCCCGGUGCUUGGGGCAGCAGCGGUGCGUGGACGAGUGGGCCUUGGACGAGCUGGUGGGGAACAAAUGGGUGUCCAGCGAGCACUUGGAGUGGCUGGACUGACGGACCCUGGUCUACCUCCGCCCCAUGGACAACCUGGUCCGGCUGCGUCGCCUCCACAACCGCCUCGCAAGUCUUCACGCAGACUACCGUCUCCAACGGCAACAGUAUCACCGCCGUCUCGACUUCCUUCGGCGUGCGCGUCGCUGAGCAGACGAAUGACCUGUCUACCUCAACGGUCAGCACGACGAACUCGGACUCGGGCGCUAUGCCAACCAACAUGGCCUUCGCUGGCUCCGCGGCUGGUAUGAUUGGUGUCGUUGCUGGAGCUUUGCUGUUGUAG